CUGGGGCUUCAAGAGAGAGUGAGAGGCCAAGUGACCAACAACAUAAAAGAGUGGGGGAAGAGAGAGAAAGAGAGAGAGAGAGAGAGAGAGUGAAGAAAUAAGAAAAACAUGAGACUCCCAUUUUUCUUUCUGUUUCCCAAUUGUUUCUUUCUCAAGCUCUCCUUUUCUUCUGUCUCUUUGUUCUCUCUUCCCUUCUUCCUGCUAUAACUGUAGCAGCAGCACUGCAGUGCAGCAGCUACAGCUAAACAACCCCACGAGGCCACGAACAGCUAAAAGACCCACAAAUAAAAUAAGCAGCAGAGGCCAAAGGUCGCAUCUUUUUCCCCCAGAUCGCCGGUUUCCCGCAUGGAAGGCCGGCAUAGAAGUGAAUUCCAGCCACCGCCGGCGGAUUUUUCCGUCUAAAUGCAAGGAAAGAGCUGUCGAGCUGAUGAUGCCACUGUUGUUCCGACUUCCGAUGAUGAUGACGACGAUGGUGGACGAAGAAGAUUAUUAGCUAUCCCCAGCGAGCGACUGCUGUCUUCUCUAUUUAUUUUUGCUACUAUUCAUUUACUUUUGUCUUCUUCUCUUGUCAAGUGGUGGUCCUGCUUCAAAGUACAACAAUGGCUGCCACCGCAAAUACUACAACGAUAGACUCGACGGCAACGCUGUCGGCCGAUGACCUGACGGCGAAGGCGGUGCACAAGCGGUAUGAAGGGUUGAUGACUGUGAGGACCAAAGCCAUAAAGGGCAAGGGUGCUUGGUAUUGGGCGCACCUGGAGCCCAUACUGGUUCAUAAUUCCGAUACUGGACUCCCCAAAGCGGUGAAGCUCAGGUGUUCUCUCUGCGAUGCCGUUUUCUCUGCUUCCAACCCAUCUCGCACUGCCUCCGAGCAUCUCAAAAGGGGUACUUGCCCCAAUUUUGCUUCUUUACCCAAGCCCAUCUCCUCUGUUUCACCUUCUCCCAUCUCCUCUAUCCCUUCCCCUUCUUCCCACCACCACCCCAACCAUCGCAAGCGUAGUGCAUCAACUUCGGGCGGCGGUGCUUCCUCUUCGUCAUAUCAGGUCUCACCACUUGCCAUGGUCGACCCUUCCCGCUUCUGUUCUGACCUCAGCUAUUCUUCCGCAACGGCUGUCGCGACUUCCAGUGUCACUGCGGCUUUGCCUCCACCUCAGCAGCCACAUUUGAUGCUGUCGGGCGGGAAGGAGGACUUGGGUGCUCUCGCUAUGCUGGAAGACAGCGUAAAGAAGCUCAAGAGUCCCAAGGCGUCUCCCGGCCCGACGCUUAGCAAGAACCAGAUUGACUCCGCCUUCGGCCUCCUCGCCGACUGGCUCUACGAGUCCUGCGGCGCUGUCUCAUUCUCUAGUCUCGAGCACCCCAAGUUCCGGGCUUUCCUAAACCAGGUAGGCCUGCCUCCGGUAUCCCGCCGAGAGUUUGCGGGGUCCAGGCUCGACGCCAGGUUCGAAGAAGCCAAGGCCGAGUCGGAAGCGAGAAUUAGGGACUCCAUGUUCUUUCAGGUUGCGUCUGAUGGGUGGAAGCCAAAGGUUUUCGGCAGUUUUGGUGGAGAAAACGUGGUGAAUUUGACAGUAAACCUCCCCAAUGGGACGAGUUUGUUCCAGAGGGCGUUGUUCACCAACGGCCCCGUUCCGUCCAAGUACGCAGAGGAGAUCCUCUGGGAGACGAUCACCGGCAUAUGUGGGAGUGUGGUGCAGCGGUGUGUGGGGAUCGUUGGGGACAAGUUCAAAGCCAAGGCAUUGAGGAAUUUAGAAAACCAGAACCAUUGGAUGGUUAAUCUGUCUUGCCAGCUUCAGGGGUUCAUUAGUUUGAUCAAGGACUUCAGCAAAGAGCUCCCACUCUUCAAGACUGUUACUGAUAAUUGCCUGAAGCUCGCUAAGUUUGUAAACACUAAGUCCCAGGUCCGGAACAGUUUCCACAAGUACCAACUGCAGGAGCUUGAGCAUGCCGGAUUGCUCCGGGUGCCACCGCCUGAGACGGAAAACAGUAGCAACUUUGCACUUGUGUACGCUAUGUUGGAGGAUAUUAUGGCCUCAGCUCGGGCACUCCAAUUGGUAGUGUUAGAUGAGUCGUAUAAGGUGGUAUGCGUAGAGGACCCUGUUGCAAGGGAGGUUGCAGACAUGAUCCGGGAUAUGGGAUUUUGGAGUGAAUUGGAGGCAGUCCACUCUCUGGUGAAGCUGGUAAAGGGGAUGGCUCAGGAUAUUGAGGCAGAGAGGCCACUGGUUGGGCAAUGUCUCCCGUUGUGGGAGGAGCUAAGGACAAAGGUGAAGGAAUGGUGUGCCAAGUUCAACAUUGCAGAGGGGCCUGUGGAGAAGGUGAUCGAGAAAAGGUUCAAGAAGAACUACCACCCAGCUUGGUCAGCUGCAUUCAUACUUGAUCCGCUUUACUUGAUGAGAGACACAAGUGGGAAGUACCUUCCACCCUUCAAGUGCUUGACACCCGAACAGGAGAAGGAUGUUGACAAGCUCAUUACACGGUUGGUCUCAAGGGAGGAGGCCCAUAUUGCAUUGAUGGAACUCAUGAAGUGGAGGUCAGAAGGGCUUGACCCACUCUAUGCACAGGCUGUUCAGGUGAAGCAGCGAGAUCCCUUGACAGGAAAGAUGAGAGUUGCCAACCCCCAGAGCAGUAGACUGGUGUGGGAGACGUACUUGAGUGAAUUUAAGUCACUGGGGAAAGUGGCAGUGAGGCUGAUUUUCCUCCAUGCAACCUCAUGUGGGUUCAAAUGCAAUUGGUCAUUCUUGAGGUGGGUGUAUGCCCAUGGCCGCUCUAGGGCAGCCAUGGACAGAGCUCAGAAGAUGAUAUUCAUUGCAGCCCAUGCCAAGCUCGAACGCCGGGAUUUCUCCAAUGAUGAAGACAAAGAUGCAGAGCUGUUUGCCACUAUAAAUGGUGAGGAUGACGUGUUGAGUGAGGGUUUUGUUGAUGCAUCCUCCGUGUAACAAUUUUUUUUUUCUCUCUCUUCACCCUUGUAGAAUUCUGAAAUUGUAGGAUUUAUUGAAUUCUUUCCACUACUAUUUUUCUCUU